AGCAAAAGGGAUCGGCCUCUGCUUGUUCCCCUGUCAUUUAGGUCCCUUCGUAGCGAAGAGUAAAGAAGGCUUGAAAUGAAACACUUUCCUACCGUUUCCCACUCUUUUAUUUUGGGGGGGGGGGGCGAAGCUCUCUGCUGGAGGCGACCCGAGUGUCUACAGAAAUGCAGCCCCCUCAAAACCCUCUUGGCUGUCCCACAGGUUGUCAUCACUUGUUCAAAAGUACCGCCCAGCUCUGGCAGGAGAAAGAGCCCGCAGCGCAGCGGGCGCCGCCCCUGCCCAGCCGGGGCUCUCUGGCAGAGCAGCAGCAGCACAAGCCCCUCUCAACCCGCCCUUGCCUUGGCUUCCCCUGGGAAGCCAGAAGCCUCUGUAACUCAGCAGGUUCCCAGCUUGGAUCACCUCCUGCUGGUGGGCAGAUCCUGUGGGUUCCGACUGCUUCUGAAAAGUGACAAAGGCAGAGGUACAGACAGACAGGCAGAGGAGCCGUGGCAAUGUCUGAUAACUGUGCAAUAGAUGGCCCAGGAGGGGCGUUGCUUGGAAUUAUUACAGCUGUCCUGGCAAUAGUGCCUCCUCUGCUGCUUCCGUGCAAUGCAUCGGGCCAUUUUCUCAUCCCCAGCAGUCACUCCUAGCCGCAUUCCCCGGUUGCUGUUACUUGCAUGUCAAAGCACAGUCGCCCGGGCUCCUGAGUUCCAGCUCUCAGCCUGGAGCACCAAGCUGUGGUGUUCCUCAUGAACGAAUGUUCUGUCCCCGUUUCACUGUGCUUGGAGCAACCACAUUUGCUAAGAAGCAGGAUUUAGCAGAGAAUAAAAUUGAUUGGAAACACUUGGGUGGGAGCAGGCUGCUAGAGUUUUCUGUUCCUUUCUUUUGAAGGCGCAGUUGUGUUUCCUGAAUGGAGGACCACGUGUGGUUAGCAGGGCUUUGGGGAGUGUUUUUGCAAGGCAUGUGUCUUUGAAGCAGUUUCCUGAUCACUGAUCUAGAAGAAAAUGGGGUCACCUGCCAAAAUUUUCAAGCUUCAGGAUUAUGCCAUUAGUCAGCAGGAAGAGUGGUGUCUGUAGAUCCAAAGAAGUUGCACGUUCCUCAUCUAAUCAAGCUUGUCUUGGGAAUUGUCCUGACUUUCAGUCAGACCCACACAGAGGAUCUGAGUCAGGACAAUAUGCAACUUCCCAGAUUUCACAGUGGGAGUUGAACCAGCUGCUCUCUCCACUGCACUUUGUGGGCUUGGGCACUGCCAGUGGUGAUCCCGGGGCUUUGAAAGAACUUGUGCAGAGCCAUUUGAAAAUGCUACCAUGGCUGCAAAAGUAGACAAAGAGCAGAAGCCCAGGUCUUUCUCUCUUCAUUUUAUAUUUUAACUGAGAAAAUAAAUCAAAGGUGAUUUUUCCAGUCCCUUGUUGGUAAUGCUCAGGAAUAUAUCUUUACACAGGAGAAAAAAACUGACUUGAAAGACACGGAAGGGGGAAGGAUGCUUUCAAACUUUGAAAGGCUUCUGGUUUUCUGUUUUCCUCACCCUGCCUUCCUGAGGCCUGCCUACCACCUCAUCUCUUUGGUCUCUGCCUCGUAAUUCCCCUUUUAAAUGGCAUUUGCCCAUUUGGGCCCACUGGUUUCCUCCUACCACCACCUUCAAAGUCAUCCCACAUUGGGUUUUAACUUUCUUUUCUUUCUCUCUGUAUGUCCACUCUAGUCAGUUUGUGUGGUGCUUUUGAAUCUUCUGGGCUCCCUAUGGUUAGUGCUUCGCUGGACACCGCCCGUCUGGGUAGAAUUGUCUCUCAGAUGCCCCUUUGUAGACAGGAGUGAUGCUUUAGCAACCAUGGGAGCUUGGGCCACGAGGGACAGGGCCUGUCAUGUGAGAGGCUCCCAGAGCGUAGAUUGAAGGAAGGCAGGGACAGCGUUGCAGGCCUGAAGAGAACACGAAGCCCAGAACUGUCUCUUCUUGCACAAGAGGAGGGAUAGCCCGGCCAGCAAGGCUAUCAGACACUUGAGCAAUGCCACCCAUUUCCUCUUAGCUGCCUAAGAGCUGUCUGGAGUUGCAGUCAUGGCUGGACCAUGUUCAUAUGGCCUGUCUCAGGAGUCUGUGCCUCCCAGUGAGCAGAGGAUGUCCCAGGAGAGCAGCAGCCCAGUGCUUUGGGAAUGCAUGAGCCUAUCAGUCUUUGAGCCUUGCCACACCAACGUUGUGUGGGAAGUUUAAAGCCAUCGUGUCUUCCUUUCUGUGCAGCUCCUGCAAGAAGUCGAGCGUGAGAAGACUGCACUGUUGGAGAGGCUCUGCCAGACUCAGGUAGAGCUGCUCCAAACCCGGCAGCAGCUAGGGCAGCUCAGGCAGCAGGUGAAAGAGGAGAGAGAAAAUGGGCAGAACAUCAAGGAAAAGCUGGAAGCAGAGCUGCAGGAAGCUCGGAGUAAGAUGAAGGCAGCGGAGAGGAGGCAAAAGGAAGAAAUGGCAAGAUUGCAAGAGGAAAUCAGCCUCCUGCUUCAGCACAGGGAGGCUCUACAAAACCAGGUCCUGCAAGAAAAGGCACGUGAGAAGACCGCUCUCUUGGAGAAGCUGUGCCGGACUCAGGUAGAGCUGCUCCAAACCCAGCAGCAGCUAGAGCAGCGCAGGCAGGAGGUGAGAGAGGAGCGAGAGAAUGGGCAGAUCUACAGAGGCGAACCUGACAGCGAACCCGUGGCUGCAGCAGCCCCCUCUAACGAAGCCUCCACUCCCCAGCCUGAGAACUCGAGCCCCAGCAGUUCGUCCAGCUCACGCCUGGACGCAGAGCAGCUGCGAGAGCUGAGAGAGGAGCAGUCCCUGAAGCUGCUGAGGAGCAUUGUGAGUGUGGGAGAUCCACUGAAGAAAUACACUGGAUGGGAAAAUAUUGGCAAAGGGGGUUUCGGCACCGUGUACAGAGCAUUCGAUGCUGUCACGGGAGGAGAGGUGGCCAUCAAGCUAGUCAAUCUCCAUCAACAGAGAAAAGAGGAACUCCUGAAAGAAAUCCUGGUCUUGAGGGAGAAGAACCACCCCAAUAUUGUUACCUAUGUAGACAGCUACCUUGUCAGUCAGGAGCUCUGGCUGGUGAUGGAGCACAUGGACGGAGUCUUUGACGUUAUUAGCGAGACAUGGAUGGUCGUAGGACAGAUAGCAGCUGUCUGUCAGGAGUGCCUGCAGGGACUGGCUUUCCUUCAUUCCAACCGGGUCAUCCACAGAGACAUCAAAAGCGACAACAUUCUUCUGGGCCUGGACAGAGCGGUGAAGUUGGCUGAUUUUGGCCUCUGUGCUCAGCUCACCCCUGAGCACGGGAAACGGAGCUCCAUGGUCGGGACUGUUUACUGGAUGGCCCCUGAAGUUGUGAGAAGCCAACCCUACGGCCCCAAGGUGGACAUCUGGUCUCUCGGCAUCGUGGCAAUAGAGAUGCUGGAAGGAGAGCCUCCUUACUUUAAGGAAAGCCCUUCCAUGGCUCAAGACCUGAUAGCCAGAGAAAGGACACCAAAGCUGCAGAACCCCUGGCUACACUCCUCUCUCCUGCUUGACUUCCUGAACUGCUGCCUGCAGAGGGACAAGAAGAGGUGAGCGUCUGCCCAGGAACUUCUGCAGCCCGUGCCUGGAGAAAAGAGGAACCUAGGGGAGUCUCCUAAAAGGAGCAAAGCCCUGGGACAGCAAGCAGCAUUCCCAGUGUGCUGUCAGGGCAAAGCUCCCAGGAAGCAGAAGACACCCUGA